GAACAACCCAACCAGCCCAACCAUUAUUCAUCUGGCAGGGCACUACUUUCUUUGUCCCCUUCUGCAAAUGCCCGCUCAAUUGCCUAGAUACCAGAAAUGACCCCCUAACCACGCAUUAACGAAACAUAACCGCAACCACCGAAAAACCGGAAUUCGAUGAUACUGAUACCCAACCCCCAAAAAUAACCACACCCCCAAUACAUACAUACAUACAUACAUACAUACAUGAACAUAAUGUCCUCGACACCCUCCACCCCCCGCACAACCACGCGCUCCGCGUCCCCCGAAACAGCGGAACCGCUACUCACGCCCGGCCGCAAAAUCAAAGCCAUGCUCGCGGCGUUCGACAGCGACAGCGACUCCGAGACCGAAGGUCCACAGAACGGAAGUGACAAAACUGACGAUUAUCAGUCUACGACGCGACUCAGUGAUGCGUUGAAGAAGAGUCGGAUUUCUUCGUUUGUGGGGUCCGCGGGGUCGUCGCAGAUGAUGGUUGAUGGGUUGGAUGAGGAAGAUGAGGAGGAGGAAGAGGAGGAUGUGAUUCGGCCGAAGGGGCGGAUGGCUGCUAGAUUGCAGGGUGGGAGUGGUGCGGAGUCGAUGACGGCUUUUGAGCGGGUUUCGAAGAGUUUACGCGCCGAGAAGGAGGGUGAUGAUGACAAUGGCAGUAAGGGAAAUGGGCAUGAGGAGGAGGAUGAUGAUGAGGAUGAUGAUCUCCCGACGGCUGGACCGAGACGGAGAGGGAUUACGAAUGCCAGCAAAUCUCGUCUGUUGCCCGAUCCUGGGCUUGAAGAGGAGGAGGAGGAGAAUGAGGAGGAGGCUCCUGCGCGCGCUUACUCUCCGCUCUUCGUCUCGUCGCCCGUCAAGGGACGGGACGAUGAUGGCGAUGCCGAUAAGCAAGCCAUGUCAGAUGAGGAUGACGACGAAAACACACCAAAGCCACCCAAUUCCCGGUUCUUGGCUCUCGUGGCGCAGAAGCGGAAAGAGCGUGAGGAGAAGGAAAAGGCCGAGGCCGAGAGACGGGCGGCUGCGCGAGCAGCGAAUCAGCAGCAGGAGCAGCCGUCUGACUCGGAGAUGAUGAUGUCUGCGAGUGAGGGCGAGGGCGACAGUGCCUCGGGUGCCAAAUUCAGAAAGCAGCAGCAGCAGCAGUCACGGCCGGCGGCGCGGAAGGCGAGCAAAAAAGCGCUGGAGGAGAUGAAUCGCGAAACGCAACGUAUGAGUCGUAACAUGCAGUUGGCGCAUCAGGCGCAGACGAAGAAGAAGAUCUCCAAGGAGAGCUUCUUUGCGCGCUUCAACUCCAUGCAGCCUGCUGGCGGGCAGGAUCCUGCUGCCCCUGCGGCUGGGGAGAAUUCGUCGAGCACGACCGAAUCGCAGAACUCGUCGGAUGCCGAGGCACAGAAGGAGAAGGAGACCCCUCGCACGUCGCCUGUGCUGGGCCCUGUGGAAAAGGUGCCGACUGCGGAGGGAACUACCGACAAUAUGGCAGACGGACCCGAAUUCCCUACGCUGGAAGAUAUUCUUGCCAAUCCGCGUCCGCAGCCAGAGGAACCAAUUGUUGCUCGAGUGGAGGUGGAGGCGACAGCUUCGAAAUCAGAUGUCGCGCCGCCCAAGAAAGAAAAUAAGGUAUUGACUGUGUCUGCGGUCCGCGUCAGGCUCUCCCGUGAAGAAGUGGCGCGCCAGCAGCAAGACGACUCGGACAGUGAUUUGGAGAUUGUCACCUCGCCUGCCAAGUGCCGACGUAUUGCAGCUUUCGAGAACCUCCCCGCCAAGAAGUUGCAGGAACCGGCUUCGAUGGUCAAGUUGAAAGCUCUAGCGCACUUGACGUCUCCCAACCGCAAAUCAAAGGGUAUGAAUGGGGCUCAGCUCUCUGCGACGUCGCUUCUGAAGGCAAGACAACAAGCUGCCAAAGAAAGACAAGAGAGGAUCGAAGAGCUUAGAGCGAAGGGUAUCCACAUCGAAACGGCUGAAGAGCGUGCUGCCAUGGAGGAUGAACUCGAGAACCUGGUCGAAAAGGCACGAAUGGAAGCCGACGCAAUCGCCAAGCAGGAACGAAAAGCUGCUAAGCGCGACGGCGAUGAUGACGAGGACGAGGACGAGGACUACGAUUAUUCGGGGUCUGAGGACGGGGCUGAGAGUGGCGAAGACGAAGAUGAAGAGAUGGCAGACGCACAGUCAGGUGGUGGGGAACUGGUCGACUCUGCGGCCGAUGAAGGUGACGAAUCGGAAGACGACAAGUCCGAAAUCAUGUCGUCUGAGGAGACCGAGAUGCCAACCCAGAGACGAAAGCGACAGACCCGGGUCAUCAGCGACGAUGAGGAUGAGGACGAGGAACAAGAGCCUAAGACGCCAGCGAAACCCAUCAUUGCCGCCACCACGCCCGGAACACGGUCUGUCGACCGACCUCAUCUCCCUGCACAGAAUUCCAACGACCUGAUGAGCUUGACGCAGGCUUUUGCAGGUACGAUAGCCGGAAGCCCGCAACGCAGUCAACAGACGCCUGCUGCCACACUUCCGAACACUUUGCCCGAGCCUGGGCACGACGAGUCCGAUUCCCGUGUUUUCAUCAGGGACAGCCAAGUGCCAAGGGCCGAGUCCCAUGAUAUACUGUCUAACUACGCCCAGUCCACCGCGCGAGUGUCUGAAUCCCCGGCCCCACGCUCGUUAUCCGGUUUCUCGCAGAUCCCCGACCCCACGCAAGAUGAAGGCUUCAUUCUAUCACCGUUUGACCCGUUAAAACGAUUCCUUGGCACCCCGCAGUCUACCAUAGAAACCGUCAUCGUGGACCAAAACCAGUCUCCUGUUCCAACAAGAAGCAUCCGUCAUUUGAAGCGUGGCGGACGCGCAGCCGAUCUCUCUAUGAUUGAAGAACAAGAGGAGGGGGAAGGAGAUUUUGAGAUCAGCGUCAAUGCCUUCAAUGUGGUGAAGGGACCUAAGAAGAGCAAGGAGCCUGCUGUUCUGUUUGACAAGAGCAAAAGCAAAGCCAAGGACAUCGUGGAGGAAGCAGCCGAGGAGUCUGACGACGAAUAUGCCGGAUUAGGCGGCGGAAGCGACGACGAUGACGAUGACGAGGAGAACGCUUUUGACAGACAGAUGAUCAACGACAAUAGCGGAGAGACUGUUGACGAAAAGCAACUCGCUGCCUUGAAUGCCCACCAUCAACGCACCAACGACGAAAAGCAAGUCGCCAAGUUGUUGAAGGACAUCACGACAGGAGCCCUCCGCCGUCGCCGCGGCGCGAACGCAGACGACGAGUUUGACCUAGACGAUUCAGACGACGAACUCCUAGCGCGUCGCCGAGAGAAGCAGCGCGAGUUCGCCCGGAUGCGCAAGGCCCUCCUCGCCGACGAGAAGAUAGGCGAGAUCGCGGAAAACCCCAAAAAGGCCGCUUUCUUCCGCGCCGUCGAAGACCGCGAUGACGACGAUGACGAAGACCUCGGCUUCGACUUCAUGGAAGAGGAGGACGAGAGCCAACAAGACAGCAACAAUAACAAGAACACCCAACCCGAUCAACCCGAGACCCAGCAGAACAACAACAACGACAAUACCACCACCGACCCCCUUCAAAACGACGAGAACAACAACAACAAACGUAAACGUCCUCUCGACCCAGCCACAGAAUCAACCUACAACCGGCCCCCGCCGCACCUCCGCCGCAAGCCCGCGUCCGCCAUGUCGAAGAAACCAGCAACGCUCGCCGAGAUCCGCGAGACGCUAUCUUUCCUAACGGAAACCCACGAAUACGAUUCCUUCCACGAGGACGCGUCCCUGGACCACGAAGACAACCCGGAGGAGACCCUAAUGGAUCUCGACCCAACAGCCUUCGACUCCGACUCCGACGAUGAACUCGCCGGCCCCACCCCCUCUGGCACCCACAAACCGCAAAACCCCCAACAACCCCCUGCCAACCUCCUCUCCCACCACCCCCGCCGCACCCGCGGUCCGGUGGUCGACCGCCUCGCCCUCCUCCGCCAAGCCUCCAGCAACUCGGCCUCCACAACCUCCGCCUCCACCUCCGCCUCCGGCGGAAAACUCGCCUUCGCAACCAACGCCGAUAACAAUAAGACCCAAGCCGACGGCAGCGGCAUAGGCAUAGGGAUGAUGGGCUUCCACCGCCCGCCGUCCUUCAUCCGACGGAGCACCUCGUCCAGUAGUUCCUCCGGAGGAGGAGGAACAACAUCGGCGAAUAACAGUCGACGAAGCAGCAUGGCUUCCGUCAACUCAGGCCAUGGGUCCAGUAAAUCCACCACCACCACCACGAACGCGAACCCCGGAGGUAUCAAGAAGGGCGGCGCGGUGAAUUACUACACUGCGGCGCGGGAGCGGGAGCGUGAGAAGCAGCUUCGUAUGCAGCGAAGGGAGGGUGGCGCGGGCUCAAAGAGCUUUGCGGCUUUGUUGAAGGAUGAUAAGCGGGUGGCGGGCAGGUUGGGGGCGUUGGGGGGGAAGGGGCAGUGGGAGUGA